UAGUGGGAGCAGUUAGCGGGCGUCUCUGAGCUCCGUAAAUCUGCACCUGGUCAGGUGGGAGCCGUUUGGAGCGUUCGGAGUCGAGCCGGACCAUUUGAGGUGCUCGUGUGGCGUGAUUGAGGUGACAUGGGCGACAAUAACAUCGCGCUCCGUCCGUACUUCGAACAGAGCGGCUUCUACCAGCGGAGCUCUGGAGAGCAGGCCUACCCGCCCGGGUUCCUCGGCUUCCCGAACUACCAGCAGACGCGCGGCCAGGAGUCGCCCUUCGUGGACCCGACUGGCGCGUGCAAGCUCUACCCGGGCAACGAUGUGUCGGCCACCGCCUACAAAGUCGACUGCUCCAAGGAGCCGAACGGCUACAGCCCCAAGGAGCUGAGCGGCUGGCCGGGCUCGGCGGCCUCCAACUGGCUGGCGGCGUGCAGCCAGAGCACGGCCCAGCAGAGCGCCCAGCUGGCGCAGCAGCCCAGCCAGUAUGCCAGCACGCCUAUCUACCCGUGGAUGGCGAUGGCAGCCUCGGAGCGCGCCAAUUACCCCGCCUGGCUGCAAAGUCAUGGUCCGCACGGCCUGCGGCGACGGGGCCGGCAGACGUACACCCGGUACCAGACACUGGAGCUGGAGAAAGAGUUUCACACGAAUCACUACCUGACUCGCCGGCGCCGGAUAGAGAUGGCGCACCAGCUCUGUCUAACGGAGCGACAGAUCAAGAUCUGGUUCCAGAACCGACGCAUGAAGCUCAAGAAGGAGAUCCAGGCUAUCAAGGAACUGAACGAGCAAGAGAAGCAGUCGCAGGCGUCCAAGUUGGCUGCGGGGGUAGCAAACUCCGACGAGAAGCCGACGCAGCAGCCGCUGCUGGGCGACGGGCCCCUCUCCUCGCGCCAGCGCUCCAUCUGA